GGUCAUCCCCAGCUCGGGCCUUUUAUCUCCGCGCUACCGGGGAGGCGGGAGGAGGAGACACGGGGGCUGGCCCUGAGCGCCGGCGACACCUUUCCGGGGCUCUAUAAAUUGAGCACCUGGGAUGGGUAGGGGGCCGACGCCACCACCACCGCCGCCCGCAGUCACAGUUCGGCCACUGACCGCAGCAGCGUCCGCCGGCAGCAGCAGCCAGCAGCGGGAACACUGAGCUACCCAGCAGCAGGGGAUCUCGAGGCGCCGGAGGAAGUGCGUGCCCCCGCCCCACCUCUGCCCCGUCAGCGCCAGGGCUCGACCCAGAGACCACGCGCCGAUAUCGCGAGCUUCCGGACGCCAGAGCCAGGAGAAGUCGUGCUUCCCGCAGGGCCGGGCUGCGAUCUAGACGAGAGUUGGAGAGGGCGGAGGAGGAGCCGGGAAUCCCGCCGCACCGGCUGUAGCCAGGCCCCCGGCGCGGGCCUCAGAGAGCGCGUGAAAGGCGUACAGUACCUCGCCCCGGCCGCCCAUCCCGUGCCCCUGCGUCCUUGUGCUUCGGCGCCCGCACGGCCACCAUGAUGCAGAUUUGCGACACCUACAACCAGAAGCACUCGCUCUUUAACGCCAUGAAUCGCUUCAUCGGCGCCGUGAACAACAUGGACCAGACGGUGAUGGUGCCCAGCCUGCUGCGCGACGUGCCACUGGCCGAGCCCGGGCUGGACAACGGCGUCGGCGUGGAGGUAGGCGGCAGUGGCGGCUGCCUGGAGGAGCGCACGCCCCCGGCCCCCGGCCCGGGCAGCGGCAACGGCAGCUUUUUCGCGCCCUCCCGGGACAUGUACAGCCACUACGUGCUGCUCAAGUCCAUCCGCAACGACAUCGAGUGGGGGGUCCUGCAGCAGCCGCCGCCGGCGGCGGGGAGCGAGGAGGGGAGCGCCUGGAAGUCCAAGGACAUCCUGGUGGACCUGAGCCACCUGGAGGGCGCGGACGCCGGCGAGGAGGACCUGGAACAGCAGUUCCACUACCACCUGCGCGGGCUGCACACUGUGCUCUCCAAACUCACGCGCAAAGCCAACAUCCUCACUAAUAGAUACAAGCAGGAGAUCGGCUUCAGCAAUUGGGGGCACUGAGGCGGGUCCCCCGCGGCUGCCCAGCACCCUUCCCGGCCCCAUCUCUCACCCUCUCUUUCCUCAAAGCUAUUUUCUUUCUGGCUCUAGGGCGCGAUGGGCAGACUGCAAAGUUGGGGGGCUGCGUACGUGCAGGGGACGCGGCAGGGCUGCAUGGAGGAGGGGGCUUCUUUGGGGAGAGGAGAGGAAAGCGGUGGCAAAAGAGGUGGGGUAGUGCUCAAGGACUUCCCUCUCUCCCGCGGGGGUGGGGAGGGGGAAUGAGGGGGCUGUGUUCUACUUUGGUGGGAAUAGGACUGAGUUGACGCCCUGCAUUCAGUCUGUGCUUUUCCUGGAGUUUCUUUUCUGUUCUUUCCGGAGGAGAAGGGCCGAGAAAGGGCCAUUCCAGGGCGCGGCGCUGGGUUGCCACAUUUGGGAGCGCCGCCCGGAGCUGGGCGCUGGGGAAGGCGGGGCGGGCGCACAGCCUCCCGCCUCCCUGCCGUUGGGCUGGUGGAGGCCGCAGCGCUGCUAGGGUUGCAUCAGUUUUCCUGUUUGCACUAUUUCUUUUUGUAACCGUGGCCCCGUCUUGAGUAUUUCCAAUCUCCUCCUUGCUCUGAAACUUCGGCGAUUCCAUUGUGAUAAGCGCACAAACAGCACUGUCUGUCGGUAACCGGUACUACUUUAUUAAUGAUUUCCUGUUACACUGUAGAGUUGUCCUGUGGUACCCCUAUCCCAUCCCUUUCAUGCCACCACCCCCCCAAGUGUGUAAGCUGGCACUGUGCCAGCUCGUACGAAGCUUGCCACUCAGUGAAAGUAAUAACGUUAUUAUGAGAAAGUGGACUUACCCGAAAUGGAACCAACUGACAUUCUAUCCGUGUUGUACAUAGAAUGAUGAAGGGUUCCACUGUUGUUAUAUGUCUUAAAUUUAUUUAAAACUUUUUUAAUCCAGAUGUAGACUAUAUUCUAAAAAAUAAAAAAAAAGCAAAUGUGU